CGUAGCUAGGCUGGGGCAACCGGGGCAUUGCCCCGGGGCCCCCGGCCAGGGGGGGCCCCCAAAUGAAGGUGGAAAAAUUGAAAAUGAAAUUAAAGUUUAUGUGAAAUUUAUUGAUUACUGUAGGGUCGUAGGGAUAUUUCAUCGAAUCAUCAAAAUGUCUUUAUAAAAAAAUAUUUAAAUAGCUUUUCAAUAUAAAAUAAUGGACAGAUAUUGUUCUCACAGAGAUUUCGUAACAAAAAUAGACAGACUAUCAAUCAGCCUGUCAGUUGUUACGCAAUUAAAGAAAUGCAGUUUGCACUUUUAGUUCACCUUACUCCCCCAUCCCCAACAGUAAUAAACUCGUCCUGACGUCGACGUGACAUAGACGGCUCCGUCUGCCGACUGCCUCUGCCACAGCUGACAGACGACAGUGAGAGUGACUACGACUAGUGAGCUAGUGACAGACAGCCCGGAUAAGGUUAUGUUAUGUUGAUGGUAAACUAACACCAAAAACUGACGUUUUGGUGUUCGUCCGUUACUCGUUUGUUACGGUGUUAAAGUGUUAUACAAUUUGUAUUCUUAUUCUUGUAUUUGUUAAAAUGAAAAGAAGCUAUCAAAGUGGGGCAAAGAAAAGGCAAGACAAGAAGAAAAGAGAAGAGGAUGCUUCAAAGUGUUCUUCCACCCUAUCUGCUUGGUUAUGUCCUACUACUAGUACUACUACAACUAAAAGUACUAAUGUCACAUCUACAUCUAGUACUGAAACUAGACCAAUAAUUGCCUCAGUCCCAGGAAAUGAGAUUGAAGAGGAAGUUACAGCUCAAGAUAACGCUGAAGAAAGUAUUGAUGAAGAAGUAACAUGCCUAGGGCUAGGGCAUCAACAAGAAAAUUGUGCCAAACCUCCAACAAGUCCUACGUCAAGCAGUGAACUGAUCGGCGUAAAUGAUCAAGUGGAAUGUAGCCGGACGAAUAAAAUUAAUGAAACUUGUUUAAACACCGGAGAACCCCAUUUUCCAGACCAGAUCAUCGAUCCAGAGGUGAAAAAACGAAUUAUUGAAUUAGGACUAGGACCCUAUCAACCAGUUGGCCCAUUUCCAUAUGAUGGAAAACAAGGUAGGUCCUUUUCAGACAAUUAUUUUACCCUGAAGUCAAAGUCUGGGCUCAAACUGAAAAGAACUUGGUUGUGCUAUUCGUCCAAAUUGGAUUGUGUUUAUUGCCAACCUUGCUGGUUGUUUCCCCAGAAAGGACCUGUAGGAGGAUGGGAUUCAGGAUUAAGGGACUGGAAACAUUUGUCUGAUCGCAUAAAGACACAUGAGAAUUCACAGCACCAUGCUGAUUCCUGCUUGGUUUAUGAGCAAUGGCAACGUCAUGGCUCAAUAGACGAUGCACUAGAAAAAGGUUUGAAGGAGGAGCGGAAUUUUUGGAGGAAAGUUUUGAAGAGGGUCUUAGAUGUCUCCCUUAUGUUGGCAACAUGCAACCUUCCUUUUCGUGGAGACAGUUGGCAUAUCACUGAUAGAAAUAAAGGUAAUUUUCUAUCAUUGAUUGAAUUGCUGUCAAAAUAUGACACUAUCCUAGAAGAUCUAAUUACAAGGCCAAGUGGUACUGUUAAUUAUCUCAGUCCAACAAUUCAGAAUGAAAUUAUUUCUCUGAUGGCUAGUGAAGUGCUUAGUGGAAUUAAAGAAGAGCUUUUGAGUGCGCCUUUUUUCUCCAUAAUUUACGACACAACACAAGAUGUAAGUAAAGUAGAUCAGCUAAGCGAAGUUUUUCGCUAUGUAAAGAUUGACCAUGACCAACUCGGAAAACCUUGUGAGUUGAGAAUUUGUGAAACGUUUUACAUCUUUCACAGCAGUUACUGA